GUGAAACAGGAAGUGGGAGAGAUGGAUAACAAACAGGAGUGUAUCUGACUGCUGUGUCCAUGAAAAUGAAGACUGAAGCUCAUUUCCUAAGCUGGCUGAAAUGACCACAGCAACAGUUGUGGCUGUUAUUCUCACUGCCUUGCUGAAGUGUGUCCAUUCUCAGGGGCUUGUUUCCAUCCAGUUCACCGACGCCCCUGUCCUGGCCACGUCUGAAAAGCCAGCAGUGUUCUCAAUCGUGACCGUGUCCGAUAUCUUGUCCACGACAUGGACAGCGCCAGAUGGAGGGGUGAUCGGGGUAUGGACCGCCGCUGGGCCGGUGAUCAAUGGGGAUUUCACGGGUCGGGUCAGCCUCACAGCCACUCGGCUCCAGAUCAUCGCAGCAGAGCUACGCGACGCAGGGAACUACAGUGUCAAUGUGGCGCCCAGUGACAGUACUGGCCUUAACCCAAACACACGCUCUGUGGAGCUGAAGGUGUUUGUUGCUGUGGCAGGGGUAAGUCUGAGUGUGGUUCCGUCUGUGCCGGUGGAGGGACGGAACGUGACCAUGCGCUGCACCUGGUCGGCCGGCACUCAGACCAGUGUGGCCUGGGGGAGGGGGAACGUGGCCCUGAUCUCCGGCGACCGCAUCAUCAUCUCAGGGGGCACCCUGGUGAUUAACCCGUCCAGGAGGGACGACUCCGGGGAGUACAGCUGCACCGUCAGCAACUCUGUCAGCGUUGAGACGGCGAGGACCAGUCUUACAGUUUACUUUGGUCCAGACACCCCAACACUGGCUAAGGAGUCCGCCGAUUGCGUGGCAGGUGGGGACGCAGUGGUGGGACAGGCCUUGCAAAUCACCUGCACAACAGAGUCUCUGCCCCCAGCCAUAUUCUCAUGGCAACACGAUGGCCAAGCCGUCUCCUCCAGCCAAUCAGAAACGGGCUCGCUCAGUCUGCAGAUCUCUUCCUCUGAUCAGAGCGGCCGAUAUGUCUGUAUGGCGCAGAACUCCAUCACCGGGGGCUCGUCACAGCAGGAGACAGAGGUGUCUGUAGUUGAUACUUGCCUGAGCGGCGGAGCUGUGGCAGGAAUUGUCAUCGCCUGUUUCCUAGUUAUUGUCAUCAUCAUCGUGAUCAUUAUAGUGUUGCUACGCCAGAGAAACAUGGAUAGGAGGCUACAGGAUGCCAUCAGUCUCCAGAAGACAAGCCAAGACCCUGUGACUCUUCCACCUCCAGCCAAUAAUCGAGCAGAACCCAUGCAAGACCCACCACUGCACAACCUCAACACUCGCCAGUCAACUUACCAUCAGCCAAACAUCCCCAAUGGCCACACUAAUAACCUGCAACAGAAUGGACUAAACAACAGCAACAUAAACAACGCAAUUCAACAAAAUGGCCGCCUCAGUAAUCGCACACCACAACGCAAUGGAAACACAACCACCGACUGGAACACAAUUGGAAAUGGCAACGGCAACGGCUAUAGUGGUCACCAGAAUGACAGUUCAUUUCCAAACUCUGGCCAACAGAAUCCAAACAUUGUCAUACAGACAGGCCAAACUCAGCCUGGUGCUUUACAGCCUACGGUUCAUGUCAACCUGAACACCCUGCGAAGGACUGAUCAACAGAAUGCCAAUACACAGCCUCAAACUGUCAAUGUUAACCUGAACACAUACCCACCACCUUCCUCAGGUCGCCAGGAGGUCAACACUUUCAGCGCCCCCCAAGUCAACACACUACCCCACGAUAACAUGAACACUUUGGCAAGGUACAAUCAGAAUACCCAUCAGGGCAGUCCCAUACAGACGGGUUACUCGUAUGUCAAUCCUGCGUUUCAGCCAGACGUGACUGAAACCAGACUCCCCCCACAGUCCAGUCAUACAGCUCAGAGAUCUGUUGGGAAUGACCCACAUGUCCACAGUGACUUUGUUCAGGCACGUCAGUCACAUCCAACUGAUGUGAUCCAUGCUGGCCACCGUAGUGCCAGCAGACAGCUCUCAACUGAUGACAAUCUCAGGCAUUCUGACCAAGCUCAGACUAGGUCAAGGACUAGGAACAGUGCCCAUCCCAGUGAUCCCCCCGACUCUCGUGAUCCAGUGGAACAUGACGCAAGGCACCGCCAGAGACCUUGGGACACGAUACGGGGAACCCCGGCGUACCCCAACCACCAGGCCAAUCCAUCAGGCACAUCCAGCAGUAGCAGCAGCACUGGUUCCCAGUCCUCUGGAAGGCAACUGGGGCCCUCUCAGGCAGCUCCAUCAAGAGGACCGGGGCCCUCUCAAGCAGCUCCAUCAAGAGGACCAGGGCCCUCUCAAGCAGCUCCAUCAAGAGGACAGCCUACGCAGACAUCCAGACCAGCUGGGAGCGCGUCCAGAGCACGAGAGCCAGAGCGAGACCGAGAGGCCAGGAGUGCGAACGGCCGGAGGGAGGAUCACAGCCCUGCCUUCAUGGAUCCCAACGCUCAGAGGCAGAGAGCCCAGCAGGCCCCAAGCAGCUCUCAUGUUGGCAGGCAGCAGGCCCAGUCUAUGCAGAGACAAGCUGUGUCCCAGAGCCAAAACACUGCAGCUCAAGCUAACCCAAGCCAAAUGGCCACUACAACCACACGCUCAGCUGCAGUGCAGAUGCCAACCGUGCCCCAACACUUGGCCGCUCAGCCCCAGGGCAACCCCCAGAGCUCUCAGCAUCCUCUGCAUGUAACACACGUAAGCCAGGUUGACCGGUCACCACGCACACAGUCCCACACGCUUGCCCAGAGCAGGCCAGAGCAGAGACAGACUGCUCCACAGGGGACUAGCCCUCAGGCACCCAGAGCUGGUCAGAACCCCAGUUCUCUCUCACAGGCUACUCUUCAGCAUCAAACCCGCAACCCCCACAACCCCUCUGCCAACCGGAACCAACAGCCCCAGGCUGCGCUUCAGGGCCCCAUGCCCCAGGCACGGCAGCAGCCCCGCACCACCCAGCCGGCCCAGCCUCCCCCCGCCACUCAAAAGACCAACGAUGCGGGCCGGCGACCCCCGACCCCACCUGCGGUGCUACAGCCGCUCCAGUUCCAGACGAUGCCCAGGGAUCGUCCGCAGCGGCAGAGGCAGCCACAACAGCAGCAGGCCAGGAUGGCCGCUGUGGCUCGGCCGGGCGCAGUCCCAGUGAUCAGACACUCAGUGCACGUGCCACCGGGGCACAGACCACCAGGUGCCACACAAAGGCCUCGGUGGCACGUGCCCACCGACGCUCACAGACACCCGGGAGAUGCCCACCUGCAUGCAAACCUGCAGAGGCACGCCAUUGCACACAGGCCACCUCCUGCACACAUGAGACAAGUUCACAGGGGCAGGCCAAGGCAAUGACAAUGAUCUGUGUAAUCACUGCAGUACAAAGAACAAUUCCUCUGAAGUACCAGAGGAGGGCGCUACAUGGACUACAGUACAUUCUGAGUUAUCUCAGGACUCCGGAUUCAUUUUAUCAUGAUCCUUCUCAGGUGGAGGGGUUCCGUGUCAUCAGUUCUCAAGCCGGUUGUCCAAGUUUGUGAUAAAGGACACCCAGACGAUGACUAAGAGAAAGCCAGCGAAUAAAGGAUGUGUGAUUUCCUUGAGAAGUUAUGAAGUGUCUCAAUGAAGUGAUGUAAAUACAACUGAAGCACUUUUGUUGUGACUUUGAAAACAUGAGAUAUAAAAAGAAUGUAUGAAAUGGUGAACAGGCUUUUUUCAGUCUGGUGAGGUACAUUUUUUUUUUUUACAUAUUUGUUUAUAUUUUGUCAUAUGGAAGAACAUAAUAAAGUAUACUUUAUAUAUUUUAUAGAAGGAAAUGCUAUGUUCUUAAUAUAUUAUUACAUUUAUCAAAUAUGGUGAUACUACGUAUUGGUGCUGUUAAUAAAGGUUGUCUGGUUUGACAAUGUGAGUAUUAAAUAUCA